CUCGUCGCAAGAUAUUGACGUCACGCCGUUUUGGACAGAGGUGGCUUAGAAGAUUCUCGAAGUCGCUGGGUACUCAGGUUGUCCAUUAAAGGCAAACAUGGUCAAGGAAACAGGCUUCUAUGACACACUGGGUGUGAGACCUAAUGCUACUCCGGAUGAACUGAAAAGGGCCUAUCGUAAACUAGCCUUGAAAUAUCACCCUGACAAAAAUCCUACAGAAGGAGAGAAGUUCAAGCAGAUUUCACAGGCAUAUGAGGUGUUGUCAGAUGCCAAGAAGAGAGAGCUCUAUGACCAUGGAGGUGAAAAGGCUAUAAAGGAAGGCGGGACUGGUGGUGGCGGCGGGAGCUUUGCUUCACCCAUGGACAUCUUUGACUUAUUUUUUGGUGGAGGCAGUCGGAUGCACAGGGAACGAAAAGGGAAGAAUAUUUUUCAUCAGAUUACAGUGUCACUGGAAGAGCUUUAUAAUGGGGCUACAAGAAGACUUGCUGUCCAGAAGAAUACUAUUUGUGAGAGAUGUGAAGGCCGAGGGAGUCGGAAAGGAGCUGCACAGAUGUGCGUGUCUUGUCAUGGCACAGGUAUGCAGGUCCGCAUGCACCAACUAAUACCAGGUAUGGUCCAGCAACUGUCUACAGUGUGUCACAGCUGUCAGGGCCAAGGACGAAGAAUCAACGCUAAGGACCGCUGCAAAGCAUGUGGAGGCCGGAAGGUCCUGCGACAGAAGAAGAUCUUGGAGGUCCACAUUGACAAAGGAAUGAGAGAUGGUCAGAAGAUUGUUUUCCAUGGAGAGGGAGACCAGGAGCCAGGACUUGAACCAGGUGAUAUCAUCAUUGUCCUGGACCAGCAAGAACAUCCACAUUUCACCAGACUGGCAAAUGGAGAGGACCUGAUCAUGUCUAUGGAGCUACAGCUGGUUGAGGCUUUGUGUGGUUUCAAGAAACCUGUUCAGACACUGGACAACAGAACUCUCCUCAUCACCUCACAUCCAGGAGAACUGAUCAAGCCUGGGGACACAAAGUGCAUCAUGAAUGAAGGGAUGCCCAUGUAUCGCAGGCCAUUUGAGAAGGGACACCUUAUUAUUAACUUCUCAGUGGUGUUCCCACAAGCCAACUUUCUCCCUAACCACAAGUUGAAGGAGCUGGAGCGCUACCUCCCAGAGAAGAUGGAUGCAGAGCAGCCAGACAGCAUGGAUGAUGACCUCUAUAUAUACGCUGACCUGGAGGACUGUGACUUGGAGAACAGAAAAAGACGCAACCAGCAGUACUACUACAUGAAAAGAGACGACUAUGCCAGCACUGGAGGUGUUCAGUGCCAGACGUCUUAAGUAACAACUGGCUUGUUGUACUAAAAGCCCAAACCCUCAUCUCUAAAGCAAGUCACCUUUUAAAGUUUUCAUGCACUUUUAAAAAAAAAUCUCUUUUCUUACAAUCAAUUGUUUACUAGUUUGUUUUCUUUCAAGGUCAAUCCUGUUCUGUCCUAUUGCCCUCUUGAUUUAGUGAGUAGAGUAUUUUAAAAUUCAAGGACUAAACUUGGAUCCAAGUUUAGUCCUUGAAAAGUCACUGGGACUUUUUAAUUUUUUUUUUUUUUAAUUAUUUUUUAAUCACACUGUGAUGAUAGAGGAGGGCUGGUGUAACAGACUUGAAAAGAAAGAAACUUCUUUCCUUGCUUGACUGCCUGCUUCGUAUGCAGAUACACUAAAACUGAUGCCAAUAUAAUAUGUAAAUUACCUUCCUUUUUUUUUUUGCUUUGGUCCAGUGUCACUACAACAGUGUAUGUUGUGAACCACACUUUGAUGAUGCUGUUCUGUGUGAGUGUGUGAAGAGCCCGUCUUGAUGGUGGUUGAAAUGUGCUUUGAAACUUGUCAAAACUUUGAUGCUGUUUUACCCUUUCAAGGGCUAUUUUCUAAGCAUUUCUAAACAAUCUUCAUAAUGUGACAGAAAAAUGGAAAGCAGGGUAGUAAUUGGGUUCAGGCCACUAAAUCCUACAUUAUUCUAACUAAUAUUUGUUUUUGACCUGCAGUCAGUUGCCUGUUGUAAUGCCGCACAGUUUUUGUUUGGGGAAACUUGUGUGGAAAGUGGAACAUUUCGUGUAUAUACAUGUACAGACUGCUGACAAAUGAAAGGAAAAACUGACAAAGUGUUGGGCCACCACGUGCCACCUGAACAGCUUCAGUGCACCUUGGCAUUUAUUUUCCAAGUCUCUGAGCCUCACUGGAGGGAAGAACACCAUUCUUCCGAAGAUAUUCCCUCCUUUGGUGGUGGGGACACUGACGCAGAGGUCCAAACCUCCCAUUGGUGUUCAACUGGGUUGACACCUGGUGACCGUGAUGGCCACAGCAUAUGAUUUGCAGCAUUUUCUUACUCAAACCAUCCAGUGACCUCUCGUGCCCUAUGAAUGGGGCCACUGGCAUCCUGGAAGAGACCACUCAUUAUUCAGGUUUUUCCUUUCAUUUGUCACCCAUCUGUGUAUGCAAGACAAAUAUCUCUGCAUGCUAGGGUAUAUUUAGAAACAAAAGGUCAAACAUGAGUCAGGAGUUAACAUAACAAUUGUUCGAGAUUUUUUUUGGUGGUGGUUUUGGAAUACUAUUGUGAUAAAUCUAAACCUGGUUCAUAUAACAGGCUCCAAGUGCCUUUAGCGAUUUGUUUUCACUCUCUUUAAAUCUUCAAUUAACCCAAAUUUAACACGAGAGUGGUUGUCUCAUUUUAAAAUUGAAAUGUUUUGAGAGAAGGCAUGUGAUAUUAAAACCUAAAUCUGGAAUUUAAACGACAAAUUUUAUUCAAAGUAGCAAGUUAAACUUACUGAUGAGUUUUUAGCUAGUGUGGGCAACAAGCUAUUAAGUGUGUCUCUUUUUUCUUCUUUAUAUAUAUCUCCAGGACCCCAAUUGUAAAUGCCAAAUGAGUUGGUAGGAGACUGUGGAAGGACUUAAAAUUGGCACACCUGAUACCUCAGUGAAGUGUCUGCCAGCUUGAAAGCCUUAACAUAAUUUAACUUGAAAUUACUUGACAAUGCAGUUUUUUUUGUUUUGUUUUUUUUAAUGUAAGAUAAUUGUCUUGAAUAUUGUCACAGACAUCUAUGCUCACAGAAGAGUUCCUUAAGUUGUUUUGACAGCAGAUGCAAAGUUGAGCACAUAUAAUGACCAGGAGUGUAUUCAAGGUCUUAAUUUGACUGUGUGUUACGACCAAUGAUUUAAUUGUUUUUGCUCAUGUUUUCUAAUUAAAUGCUGUUUAAUG